AUGCCCAGUACCCUGGAGGAUACUCCUGAGAACAGUGCCUUUCCUCAGGUAAAAACAUUCACUAGUGUAACGUCGUCUUCCUCCUUGGUAUUCUUGUCAACAGCUAAAGUAGCAGUACUUGAUAGUCGUGGUAUUUUUCAGACUGUCAGGGUGUUACUGGAUAGCGGAAGUCAAGCCAGUUUUAUUACAGAUAAAUGCCUAAUGCGAUUAGGUUUACCUCGUAGAAGGUCACCGAUUCCCAUUUAUGGAUUAGGUGAAACUUCCACAAGUUCAUCUGGUGUAGCUUGCUGUACAAUUGGGCCUAUUGGUAAAUUUUCUGUCACAUUUGAUGUUGAGGUUAAGGUCGUACCUAAAAUUUGUUCUCACUUGCCUGAGCAAUACAUUUCAUUGGAAACCUUUUCCUACUUAACGACGUUAAAAUUGGCUGAUGACAAAUUCAACCAAACCGGUGCCAGUGCUAAAGAUGCAAACGGGAUUUCAUUAAAUGAUGCUCUUUUGGUUGGCCCUAAGCUUCAGCAAAAUAUCUUUUCUUUAUUAUUAAAUUUUAGAUUUCAUGAAAUAGUAUUUACAUGCGAUAUCAAACAAAUGUAUCGCCAAAUUUUAGUCAAAGAAGAGCAUAGAAGUUAUCAAAAAAUCUUGUGGCGAUUUUCACAAAAAGACCCGAUUCAAGAGUUUAUUUUAAACACGGUUACCUAUGGUGUGUCUUCGUCACCAUUUCUCGCUUUGCGUACUAUUGUGCAAAUAGCAAAAGAUCAAAAGGCAAGCUUUCCUAUUGCUUCACAAGUUUUGCAGUCGGACUCCUUUGUAGAUGAUUUGGCAACGGGCGCACAUUCCAUUCAAUCAGCUUUACGCCUGCAAUCGGAUCUUAUCCAAUUAUUGGGACGAGCUGGGCUGAAACUGCGAAAAUGGGCCUCAAAUCAUCAGGCAAUUCUUCAAGCAGUACCCUUGUCUGAUUGUCAGCAGCAACCUCUCUCUUUUGACAAUUCGGAUUGUGUUAUAAAAAUUUUGGGUCUAACAUGGUUACCUACCUUAGACAAAUUUUCCUACACAUGCAUACCGAAAAAUAAUUUGCCGACCAAGAGAGGCAUCUUAUCUGAAUUAGCACGAAUUUUUGACCCUUUGGGUUUUAUAGCCCCUAUAUCAUUUUUUGCCAAAUAUCUUAUACAGUAUUUAUGGGUAUUGGGCAUGGAUUGGGAUCAGCCUGUGCCUAAAGAUGUCGAAAAUCGCUGGGUGCAAUUUCAAAAUGAAUUAUCCUUAUUACAGGCCAUAAAAAUUCCUCGCAGAAUUAUUUCAAAUAAUUUCGAGUCUCUUGAGCUUCAUGGAAUUUGCGAUGGAAGCGAAAAAGAAUAUGCAGCUGUUGUUUAUUGUCGAGUGGUACGUAGUAAUGAAGAACCCAUUGUUUCAUUAGUUUGUGCUAAGUCAAAAAUUUCUCCUUUAAAGAGAAUUUGGGUUCCACGGUUGGAGCUUUGUGGCGCAGGUCUUCUAGCUAAUUUACUUUCAGAAGUUAUUAAGUGUUACUCGUCUAAAGUUGCCUUUGACAAGGUAUAUGGUUGGUGUGAUUCCAAAACAGUAAUCGCAUGGAUAAAAUCAUCUCCGCAUAGAUGGAAGAAUUUUGUCAGCAACCGAGUAACACAAAUACAAUCAAAGGUAUCUCAAAAUAUUUGGCAUUAUGUUUCCACUAAGGAAAACCCAGCGGAUUGUGCUUCGAGAGGCUUAUUGCCUAAUGAGUUGCUAAACCAUCCCUUAUGGUGGGCGGGACCUUCGUGGCUGCAGUCUGGGGUUGUUCCUUGUAGCGAAAUUGAUGUUAGUGAUUGUCAUGAAGAAUCCAGGCCACUUGUUCUUAUUUCAACACGCAGUUCUUCAGAAAUAUUAGAUUUGCUAACAAAAUUUUCAAAUUUUGGAAAAAUUAAAAGAAUAAUUGCUUAUUGUUUGAGAUUUAUCUUCAAUUGCAAAAAUCCUAAAAAUAAAAGAAAUUAUGGUCUUGAUUUAGAAGAAAUACAUAAGGCUGUUUUGGUCUUGGUUAGAGAGACUCAGAUCGAGUACUUUUUUGAGGAUAUUCUGAACUUAAAAAAUAAAAAAUUGGUUUCAAAUCAGUUACGAAAAUUAGCUCCCUUUUUAGAUGAAUCCGAUAUUUUAAGAGUAGGAGGUAGACUUAAACAUGCUAAUGUGGCAUACAAUUAUAAGCAUCCCAUGCUACUUCCACGUCAAGCAAGACUUACUGAGUUAAUUAUUCUGGAAACUCAUGUGGAAAAUUUUCAUCCAGGUUUCCAAACCACUCAUUCACUUAUUGUGCAAAAUUUCUGGAUUUUAAAUCCCAAGAGGGCAAUUCGCUCCGUAAUUGGAAAAUUUUUAAGAUGUUUUAGAGUACAUCCCAGGUCAAAUAUGCCUCAAAUGGCUGAUCUCCCUACAUUUCGUGUCAACCAGUUAAAGUGCUUUUCACAUGUUUGCGUGGAUAUGGGCGGGCCCUUUCAGAUAACUCCCAAUCGGACUAGAGGCUGUAAAAUUUUAAAGGCAUAUUUAUGUCUAUUUGUUUGCUGCUGUACGAAAGCCCUGCAUCUUGAAGUUACAACAGAUUUGUCUUCAGAGUCAUUUCUAGCUGCUUUACGACGAAUGAUUUCCCGGCGAGGAAAAGUCGCAAAUAUAUACAGUGACUGCGGCACUAACUUUGUGGCCAGCAGCAAAUAUCUCAAGGAUAUCAUGCAAUCCGCCUUCGAAACUGAGAAAAUUUCCUGGCAUUUCAAUCCACCAGCCGCUCCCCACUUUAAUGGUUUAGCGGAAUCUGGAAUUAAAUCUGUGAAAAGUCAUUUGGUUCGGGUCAUUGGCGAUCAGAUAUUAACAUAUGAAGAGUUUAAUACUGUGGUAGUACAAAUAGAAGCUAUGUUAAAUUCACGACCCUUAAGUCCUAUAAGUUCAGACCCAAACGACCUUAACGCCGUUACGCCAAGUCACUUUCUUCUGUUAGAGCCAAUUACGGCACUUCCCGAUUUUGAUUUGACUAACUGUAAAUUAAACACAUUGACGCGUUGGCAGCUAUUGGUUCGUAUGUGCCAGGACUUUUGGAAGAGGUGGCGCAAUGAAUAUUUACAUACUUUGUCUCAAAGAUAUAAGUGGAAUGCGUCUUCUAAUCCACCAAAAAUUGAUAUGCUUGUACUAAUCAAAAAUGAGCAACUUCCCCCUUCAAAGUGGGAAUUUGCCAGAGUGGUAAAAUUGCAUCAGGGCUCUGAUGGAAUAUGUAGAGUCGUAACAGUUAAAACGGCUCGUGGUUUAUAUCAGCGCCCAGUGGUGAAAAUUUGUCCAUUACCCGGUCAAUAA